AUGUCUCCCGUCAACCCAGAACGAGAAUAUGUUUCGUUGAUGUUUAGAGCUAGCAACUGCUACGCCAGUUGGGAUCCGCAAAGACCCGUCCGACUCGGAGAUUACGGGCAUCUGCAGAAGGAUCAUUCCUUUGUGGUCGAAGGCAAUAUUUUUGAUGAAGGCUAUGACCAGGAGUUCGGCAUAACCGUUGCUAGUAAUGAUGUCAGUGAAAAUCGGUGCAUUGCCAGCUUGCGAACAACAGAAGUCAAAGCUUCUGUCAGCGAAAGAGUUGGACAUCCAGUUAUCGCCACUGCUGGUCUCAAGAAAACAUUCACGAUUUCCAGUGGAUGGGGAGCCAUCUUGAUUAUGCUCAAUGCUCGCCACCAGUGCCUCUACAAGGGGGGCCACGUUGAGGACCUGAUUUACUCCACUGCAUUCUCAGACAAAAAUGUGCUGGUCUCCGAGCUAUACACUUGUCAGUCGUAUGCCCGCCUCCUCGUGCCUCAACAAAAACAUGCUGUGGAGGUCAGCUUGGACGCCGCUACUCACGGAGGUCUUGCUCGAGGCAACGUCGAUCUUGAAUGGAAGACUAGCGCUGAAGGCGGAGACUUCAAGUACGCAUAUCACGCUGAGCGCGAGGACGGCGCAUGCAUUCAGCCUUUGUUCCGACUUGUCGGUCGACGUAUGCGUGGUCCCUUAGCGAGUUUUACACGUCGACCCGUCACAGAAAUCCCGCGGAGAAAGUGGAUUCGCGUGCUCAGGCGGCAUAUGGGCCCUACGAUGGAACUUUCAGAUCUCGAAGGCGAUGAUGAAGAUAGUGACAGUGCGAGCACACUUGCUGGCGAUGGGGAAGAUGACAAACGGUUUGCGGAGGGCUCGGACUUUGCAACUGCGUCUAAGAUGGACGUCGGUGAUAUAGAUCUCUUUUGGCAAGGCGCUUCAUCAAAAUAUCAAUACAGACCUCAACACUUCGACGUGCUGCAUCAUGUCCAUCUUCUUGAUCUAUACAGGCGCCUUCAGGCAGGCGCUCAAAAAGUGGCGCUUGUCCACCUCGAGGAAUAUGAUGUCAUUCGCCUCACGAUGACCAUCCUCCACCCUAAUCCAGAGCACGAAUAUGUCUCUCUCAUUCAUGGAGCCAGCAACUACUAUGCUAGUUGGGAUCCUCUCAGACCCGUGAAGGUUGGUGAUUAUGGACGUCUCCAACAUGACUAUUCUUUCUCGAUCGAAGGCAAUAUCUUCGAUAUUGACGAUCUCGCCAGCAACUUCGAUUUCAAGCCCAUCCGAAGCUGCGAAGACGACAUACGCUGGAUUGAAGCUGAGAAACACGAAGCGGUAGGGGUUCAUGUGGGCGUGAAACUCCCCGAAGGGCCGGCCAGUGGACAAGUGAAAAAGUCGGCCACUCUGAAAAGUGGCCACGGUGCUAUCCUUGGAAUAUGGAAGCCGCAGAAGUACAAUCUCGAUCAUGUGGGUCAGAUACAAGCACUACUAUACUCCGAAGAUGCUUGGAAGCACCGCGUGCUGGUGUCCGAGGUGUAUGCCUGUCAUUCGUUCGCGCGCGUCCUCGUCCAGCACAAGAAGUACGAGGUAGACAUCACCCUCGAAUGCACCACUGCGCCGGGCGCCCAGGGCCACGCCAAAUGCCAAUGGUCCACGAAUACGACGAGCGGGGACUUCUGGAAUUGGAGCAGCAACGACGAUGCGCCAGAAACCCUAGCGUAUCCACUCUUUAAGCUCGUUGGUCGCAAACAUUGGUUCGAUCACCUGCUACCGGUACACGCCCACAGGCCGGUAACCGGGCUCGAACAUCACUCCGGAAAGGGGCCUCACCUUCACUUGGAACACAUGCGGAAGUUCCUACACUGCGGCGCGGAGCAGUUCACUGAGGACCUUGAGAUGCUCGAGUUAUCGGAGAAAUUAGACACCACCGCCAACAUGCCAGCUCUUGAGCUCAAGACCAACGUCGCCCUAGCCGACCCCUCGAAGUUUCUACUUGAGUUCACGAACACGAGCUUGUGGAAUUUGAACCCCACGUCGGAUGCAGAGUUCAGCAAGGCUUUCUUUGAAUUCUUUGCUGAGCAAUUAGGCGUCCCCGGAGACAGGGGAUAUAUGUGA